AGUUGUAGUUCUAUGUUUUAAUUGGAAGCUAGCCAACCGGUAUUCUGGCCUUGGGUAUUGGCCAUUGGUGGUUGUGGAAUAACUGUACCGCUAACGCUGGACUUGAUUAGUACUAGUUUGCUUACCAGUUUCAGAAGUUGCUUCAUGUCUGUCACUUUUGAAGCAGAUUUUUAACAAAAUAGCCCAGGGAAAUCUGCGAGAUACGAAGCAGUAACAGGUAAACAUUUUCAUUGGUAAGGUGUUUGAAGAGAAAGAGAUGUGCACUUAAGGGGGGGUAGACCCCCCCCAUAGACAGACCAUCAUGUUUGGAUUACUGUCUGAUGUUCGGUGGUUUGCUGCAAGAACUGGCUCCUGUAGCUUCUCUGCCAGUCGAAGAGCACGUUCGGGGGUUCCAGAGUUCCAGCUGGCUCCAUUGCCCAAAGAGGCUCGAGUUGUUAUCUGCGGUGGUGGAAUUGUUGGUACAUCAGUGGCUUAUCAUCUCUCCAAACUGGGAUGGAAGGAUAUUGUUUUAUUAGAACAGGGAAGGUUAGCAGCUGGCACAACCCGUUUUUGUGCAGGAAUUGUGAGCACUGUAAAGCACAAGAGCAUCGAGAGUAAGAUGGCAGCAUACUCCAACCGACUCUACCAACAGCUGGAGCAAGAGACUGGAAUAAAAACUGGUUAUCUGAGGACUGGGACCAUCUCUCUUGCUCAGACCCUGGAUCGCUUCAUUUCACUAAAACGGAUUGUCUCCAGACUGAGUGUGAUGGGCAUUUCCUGUGAUAUCCUAUCUCCAAAGCAACUCUCUGAAAUCAGCCCUCUUGUUAAUAUUCAUGACUUGGUUGGGGCCAUCCGUGUGCCUGAAGAUGCUGUUGUAUCAACUCCUGAUGUCACUCAUGCCUUGGCUACUGCUGCUGUGCACAAUGGUGUCACUAUCCAUGAGAGAACAACUGUCAACCAUGUGCUCGUCCAGAAAGAUCAUGUCUGUGGCGUGGAGACGGAUCGAGGAAGCAUAGACUGUGAAUACUUUGUCAACUGUGCAGGGCAGUGGGCAUACGAAUUAGGCAUGUCAAACGAAGAACCAGUUACUAUCCCUUUGCAUCCUUGUGAGCACUUCUACCUUGUGACUCAUCCUCUUCGUCGACCUCUUCAGGACAAUAUGCCAGUAAUCAUAGAUUUUGAUGGCCGAAUCUUCAUCCGCAGCUGGCAGGGAGGUGUGCUUUGUGGGGGCUUUGAGAAGAAUCCCAAACCCAUCUUCACAGAAGGCAAAAACCAGCAAGAAAUUCAGAAUAUGCAGGAAGAUUGGGACCAUUUUGAACCUCUUUUAAGUUCACUCCUUCGAAGGAUGCCCUCCAUGACCAUAUGUGAGAUCCUACGGCUUGUGAGCUGCCCAGAAUCCUUCACUCCUGAUAUGAGGUGCAUCAUGGGAGAGGCACCCAAUAUAGGUGGCUACUUUGUUCUGGCUGGCAUGAACUCUUCAGGACUGUCCUUUGCUGGAGGAGCAGGAAGGUAUCUAGCUGAGUGGAUGAUAGAGGGCUAUCCCUCGGAGAAUGUCUGGCCGCUAGACGUCCAGCGCUUUGGAGCCCUGCAAAGCAGUCGCACUUUUCUGCGUCAUCGAGUCAUGGAAGUCAUGCCUCUGAUUUAUGAACUGAAAGUUCCUCGUUGGGAUUUCCAGACUGGCAGACAGCUUCGGACCUCCCCACUCUAUGACCGUCUGGAUGCUCAGGGUGCCAGAUGGAUGGAGAAACAUGGAUUUGAGCGAGCCAAAUUUUUUGUUCCUUCAGGCAGAGAUCUGAUGGCAUUAGAUCAAAGCAAGACCUUCUAUAAACCUGACUGGUUUGACAUUGUGGGGGCUGAAGUGAAGUGCUGUAAAGAGGCAGUCUGCGUCAUUGAUAUGUCAUCCUUCACAAAGUUUGAACUAAGUUCUACAGGAGAUCAGGCACUGACAAUACUUCAACGUCUCUGCUCCAACAGUCUCGAUGUACCAGUUGGACAUAUCAUCCACACUGGUAUGCUGAAUGAACGUGGUGGAUAUGAGAAUGAUUGCAGUGUGGUGCGGCUCAGCAAACGCAGCUUUUUCAUCAUCUCCCCAACAGAUCAGCAGGUACACUGCUGGGCGUGGCUUAAGCAGCAUAUGCCCAAUGACAGUAAUGUUCUACUGGAGGAUGUGACGUGGAAGUAUACAGCUCUUAAUGUGAUUGGUCCACGGGCCAUCGAUGUACUUUCCGAGCUGUCUUUCGUGCCAAUGACAGCAGACCAUUUUCCUUCCAUGUUUUGCAAGGAGAUGAGCGUAGGCUAUGCUAAUGGAAUCCGUGUUAUGAGCAUGACCCACACAGGAGAGCCAGGAUUCAUGCUGUAUAUACCAAUUGAGUAUGCCUUACACGUAUACAAUGAGGUCAUGAGUGUUGGACAGAAGUAUGGUAUCAGGAAUGCUGGAUACUAUGCCCUACGCAGUCUUCGGAUUGAGAGAUUCUUUGCAUUUUGGGGCCAAGAUCUUGACCCCUAUGUCACUCCCUUGGAGUGUGGUCGUGAAUUCAGAGUCAAGUUUGAUAAGGGAACAGAUUUCAUUGGUCUUGAAGCCCUCCUGCAGCAGCGACAGAAGGGGAUUAGCCAACGGUUUACUAUGUUCAUUUUGGAUAACCAUGACACUGAUCUGGACCCUUGGCCCUGGUGGGGAGAACCUAUAUAUCGAAAUGGACAGCAUGUGGGUUUUACUACUAGCAGUGCAUUUAGCUACACACUGGAGCGGCACGUCUGCCUGGGCUUUGUGAGUAACAUCAGUGAAGAGACUGGUGAAAAGCUACCGGUGACCCCAGACUUCAUCAACCGUGGCGAGUUUGAGAUUGAAAUUGCUGCACAGCGCUUUCAGGCAAAGGCUAGAUUGUAUCCCUUUAGUGCUUUGUUCACACAGAAGCGCCGUAAAGAUGAGAUGGAACUGAGUGACUUCCAAGGGAAGUAGCUUGUGUACACUCCAGAAGUGAUAUUUUUUUCAUGCACUAAGGCUUGUAUUUUUAUCUGAAAAAAAAAGCAUUGUGUCCGUGUUCUUGGUUUACUGUUUUUCCUCCACCAGUUUGACUUUAAAAUAAUAUUUAAUUACAGUUUGACUACAUUAAAAUGUCAGGCCCAAAAUAUUGGGAACUGCAUUUCCAUUUUGGAAGAGAAGCACAAGCUUGUGACGUAGAAAAUGGGGGGAAAUGUACACCCCCUGCAAUGCUGCAUUUUUUAAAAUUCAUUUGAAAGAUUUCCACUUGAGUGAAUCACUCCUGUAUGUUGAAGCAAGGGUACCAAAAACUGAAGGAGAAUCUGUUGCCUGUGACUUUAACAAAUCAGCUUGUGCAGCUUUAGCUGUACAUGGGGGUGCUGAAACACAGUUCCAUACAGGCAUUGCUCUUAGCCUUUCUUUUGUAUGCAAGUAUAAAUGUCACCUAAUUUUUUUCCAAGUCUGAAAAUGUUACAGAUAACUAACUGUCUUGCCUAAGACAGAAUAUAAAUAUGUCUCACCAAAAUUACUGUCCCUUUUUAAAAUACAGCAAGUCUUUCUUAUAACAUCUAGAUUUGGAGUGUGUUGGACCUUUCCUACAGUGCAUCUCUUUUUGCUUAAUUCCAUCGGUCAUUGAAUAGUAGCAUUUACAGAAAAUGUGAAGUAUUUCUUGACUGUUGUAAGAGCUGCGUUUUUGGAUUGUGCCAUACCUUUCUCUUUCUGAUGUGCCAGAAAUUCUUUACCAACUUUUUGACGUCCCCACUCUGGGACAGUAAUCAAGGAGCCUGAAUCUUCACCACUGGCACUGGAAAAGAGUCAUUCACUUGGAACAAAAGUAGAUACACCCAAUAUUUCCAGAUGCAGCUCUCUGC